AAGUACGUCGGUAUUGAAGCCGCACGUUGCGUUUGAAAUUUUGCGGCCUUUGCAUUGUCAACGCGGCGACAGAUUUUUUAGUCUUUUUAGUGUUUCGGAGUGGAAAACGUUUGUCGUUGACAAUCAGUGCGCUGAAAGCAAAGCCAAACAAGCGAAUCUACAAAUCAACAAAAGAUAACCAGCAAACGAGAUAAUCAACUGCGAGGCAUUCAGUUUGGUUCAUUGUUCAACCAACAAAUAAGUGAAGCACCCGGUCAAUAACGGUGAAGUUUUGAACAUUUUCAAGCGCCAAAAAAGGGUUUAGAAAAUUUCAAAACAACAACAAAAGCACGAAACGCCAAGUGACCCACUAGUUAACGGUUUAAAAAACAGUGAAAAAACCCGACAAACUUAACGCGAUCUUACGAACAAUUACUGGUAGUCCGCAAAGUUAUAUUUUAGAAACGCGACGCGGUAAUCAGUCCACGACAGCAACAACUACAUCGGCAAACACUCAACGCUGCUCGCUGCUGCCCUUGAAAAUACCAGCAACUAGAAAAUGAUUGAAGUUGAUCCCGAAAUUACCAAAACAUUGGCUAACUCAGCUGUUUUGCGGGCCGUUGAAGAAGAAGAGCAAAUGAAAUGUGAUGUUGCUUGUGAACGGCAAAGUCGCCCGCGGCAGCGCAAACCGCACCCCACAGCGUCUGAGUACUAUGAGCAGUACUAUGACCAAGUCAUGCACACACCAGUGCACCAGCAGCAGUUGGAGCAAAUCAAAACGCAAUACCUGUGCCAUCAGCACGACAUCACCAUUGACCGUGAUACGGUGUUGAAGAUAAAUCGCCUUGCCACACGCAGGAAUUUGCAUAAACGCGACCACAGCUGGCCGCCACCGUGCAGCGAUUACGCUAUGGGGGCUGAAGCCAUUGCUCCAAGCACUAAGGCCGAGGUGGCAGUGGGCCGUGGAACGCAAUCACUCACACACUCGCGUAGUUCUUCGAGAGAACAGCAAAGCCAUCAAUUGCGACAUGAACAGCAACUAAAGCAACAACAAGCCAAAAGCAGUUGUACAAACAAUGCAUUGCACUUCGCGGAGAGCGUUUGUAAGCAGCAUGGCAUCGAUGCGAUACGUGAGAAAUUCAAUAGUCCCACGCGAAUAAUUGAACCGACGCCCACCGAGUUGCGGCAACGCAAUAAAAUGGAGCAAUUGCAGUUUCGAAAGCAAAAACUACAGAAAAAUGCGACAAAUAAAUCAGCACGUGUCACCGAUAGCUCCCCUGAGACGCGCACGAACAUCUCUACCGAUGGCGUUGUUGGCAAGGCGCAACAAACAUUGACAAAUGUGUACAAUAACACGGCUAAUACAUCAUCGGUCAAUGCGGCUGCAGAUUCUUUAGGGUCCACCAUCACGCCGAAUGUGGCUGAAACCACCAGUUGGCCUGCAGCCAUAAAAAAUGAGGCGAGGGGAGGGGAGUUGACUAAUAUUGCCACCACUAACAGCUUCGAUGCUUCACAUGAUUACAGUACGCCGGUGGCGCGCGGCUUCUCCGCACCCGAAACAAAAGCGGCCGAUGAAAAUAUUGGAUUGGUUGAGCCACGCCGCUAUUAUUUCGAACAAUUGGCGCGUCGCGAUGAAGGACCGCCUAAAAAAUGGCACAGUUAUGACAAUAUUGUCGCUGCCACAUCGGACCAACAACAAAUCACCAAGGAAAGUGUUGCAACAGCCGCCAUCAAUAAUAAUAGACAAUCACAGUCGCUAGAUCGCGGACGCGCACAACAACAGCGUAGACGGGAGCAGUUGCCACCACAAAAGCCACGGUCAGCCGGCGGUGCGGCCAGUGGUGGCAGUAGUCCCGCAGCGCGUAUCACACCAGUGAGCAGUGCAAGCGAAUUCAAUGUAACGCCACUAAAAAGCGAAAGCAGAGAUUUUGGAGAUGGUCGCACUGACGUGGCAAAGCCAACGGUACUAACGAGCCAUCCAUCAAGAUCGAGUGAAGGCAUGUCACCGCGCGUACAGCGACGUGCCAUUAAAUUGGCAACCGAAAUAAAAAUAUGUUACGAUGACUUGGACACUGUUCAAUCAUUCGGUUCAACUGCUGCGCACUUGGAUGAUAACGGUGGCAUGGCUUCCUGUAAUAAGCGACAAAUUCAAACUGAAGCUACUAAAGCAGCAAAGCUUCAAAAGAAUAACGGCAAAAACCUGCCAGCAGAGCCAGUUGGCAUAGAGUCGGUAGGCGACCUGGAAGACAUACCACUGCCGACGCCACCAAAAGUUGGAAAUAUUUCAUCUACAAACACAAAGCACAUGGUUUGCAGUAAUGCUGCGGGCUUAGGCUCCGAACCUUCAAUUGUGGUGCAACGAACCCAGAAACAGUCCAGCCAAACACAAAAACAGCAACAACAGAGACGACGCUGUAAUAGCGAAAGAAUCAUACCAAUCGAGCUGGAGAAGCAUGACCCAACUGAAUACCGUGCACCACUUAAGGAAGCGCCACGUCGCGAUCUUAGCACCGUUAGCGCGGAUCAGCUUUACGAUGAUGCUUGCAUCUAUUUGCGUUCAAUCGAUUUAGAUGACCGAACCGUCGCAUAUAUACCCGCCGCAAUUACAAUUGUGCCCUCACCCCCUGAGGAAAUGUUGCAACAUGCGGCAGCUGAUGGGCAUCCGCAGACCCUUAAGGCCGGCAUAGUUACUAGGACAAGAAAAGAGCAGCCUCCGUCAGUUACUGCUCGUACAGCGUCGCAAACGGUCGCCACCAUGCCAAAAACAAAUACUGAAAAAUCUACCUCAAUGCCUGGAUCUUCGAAACAGCCAACUGCUAGUGAAGCUAUUAAUAGGAAGAGUAAUAAUAAAGUUCGUUACAAUAGUGGCCAUAAAAUGAACGUGCCACCAACCGAACCAAGUGAGGCUCAGUGCAAAAAAUCCACACGCUCAGAUGCACCUCAAUUACCUACAUAUAAUACAUCCGAUAUAAAAUUCGAAGCAGCACAACCAAAAUACCAGCAGAAGGCGAUGGGAAAAGCCCACGAAAUUGAAGUUGCCAAAAGCAACAUCCAAACCGCCGCAGGACAACAGGGCCAGCAAAGAAUACGGUCCAAUCGACCUCGCGGCAUUUACUACACCGAUGGUGAAUACUUGUAUGGGCCAUUUGGUGAGAUUCCUGACACGUUUGGAACACACAUCACACCAACAGUAACGGUAGCAACAGAAGAGGCGUCCAGAUCCGCAGCUGCCACUGGUGACAGCAAGCGAAAUUGUGCUGAUGGAAAUGAGUGGCAAAUAAACAACAAGGCGACGAAGGCACGGCAGAAAGAGCAACAACAAAAUGCAGCAUGUCGCAAUACAAUAAACAUGCAACACGCUCGGUUGCCGCCAACGACAACGGUGGAGCCAACUAAUGAAGGGCCAAGUCGAAAUUCGGAAGUAAUGGAAGUGUCAGAAGCAGAACUGCAGGGGAAAAAUGCUAUCGAAAUAGCGGCGCUCGAAACAAAAUAUGGACGCUUUCAGCAAUCCAUUGCCGAGCAUCUGCGUCAAAUUGACACCUACAUGGAAAAUGCAAAAGCCGCGCUAAAUCGCAGUUUACCUCAUCCACAACAAGGGCAUGAGCAUGGAGCUGGCAAAACCUCCCACCCGAAAGUAGGCCGGCAAUCAUCUCCACAGACAACCAAAACUCAACCAGAACAGUCUCAGCUACUAGACCAACGAGGCGUCGAAGCCACGCUCGCACCGGAGAGCCCCCUGCACACCAUAGCCCGUCAGUGGUUGCCGCACCGACCACUGCACAUUGUUAGUGACACUGAUGACAAUCUGCAUGAAAUGGAAGCUCUUGCGCAUCCUGCCGUGCUGGAAAAUAUGCCUGUGGUUGAGCAGGCUCUGCAGGAUUUGUCCGCUAUUAAGGUGGAUGGUACAGCAGCAAAUCUGACGGACAAGUAUGCGGGCGAUUUAGGAAGUCGAAAUGGCGACGAUGGCAGUGUGUUACAGCCACUAAUGCGUCGUCUGAUUGCGGUGCAAAGCAAACAGCCGAGCGCAGCACUCCCAGACCACGCAGUCACUUUGAAGGAUCGUAAAGAUAUCGAAGGAUUGCUGCUGAUUGAACACCACAUUGCACCCACUGCAUGUUUAGCGAAACGUGUGACUAUAUUGGAAACUCUGGACGAUGGCGCUGUUCCGCCUAGGCGUAAGCCUAGUAAUUUCGUCCUAAUUGGAAUUGAAGAAGGCAAUAAGGAGUAUAAUGUUAGCGACGAGAUUGGAGCGGUAAAUGACAAAAUUGAUGACAGCAAUAAUUGCAAGCGCUCAGCAGAUAAGAGUUCUAAUGACAUUGCUGAGCCGAAGGAAGUUCCAACCAUGGCUAAGAUGUCUGCGGAUAAUGGAAACGUGCAAGUUAAUAUUACUAACACGGUUGAUGUAGAUGAAAAUCAGCAGCCGCCUUCAGAUACGAGCGGUCGAUUCGGUCACAAAAUCAACUCGAAAUUAGGCGCUAAAUCAACAAGUACUUUCGAUAUAAGCUCGACAGGUGAAGUCUCCAAUGAACAUGUUAUUGAUGUUGUUGGCAAUUAUGAGCAACUAAUGCAGUUGCAACAAGGCAUGAUGCCGGCAGCGGGUCCAAAAGCAACAGCAGUAACUAAAAGCAAGCAAACACAAACACAAAGACCACAGUUUCAGGAGGUUUCACUCAACCGCCCAGACGUGAGCGCUACAAAAACAACACCCGUACCCAGACGACGUGCAACCACAUUGACAGGAGAAAAGCCCACAAUAUGCACAAUUGGAGCACGAGCAGCAUUCACAGUGUCGGCGGGCGAAGGUGCAAGCGAGCAACAUAAGACCGUUACUAGCCGCUGGCAGAAUGAGUCCUUGCGACGACAACAACGCCAACAACAACAACUGUCUGAAACAUCGCAAACUCCAACUCCACCAAUACCGCCACCACUGCCGCCACUGACCCGAGCGGGAAGCUUGCCGAAAGAUUUAUGCAAAAGUGUGGUUUCUGGUUAUAUUUCCACGCAUCAAUCGCAGGAGCAGCUGGUGGGACAGGUAAUUGACAAGCUGCAGGUGGAUGUGGCAUUGCAACGAGAUUGCGAGCAACUAAGGCAAGCAGAGCCCGAAAAUGCAGACAACAAUGAAUCCGUAGCUGCAAUUGCUAUCGAAACCUCAAAUCAAGAUCGUCUCAGAGAUCCGUUAGUUCAGCAACGACAGCCGACCGAAGAAUUUGCAAUGCAACAACUAAAUCAACAGCAAUCAGCAAUUCUACCAAUAACGAAGAGUAACCAAAAACCAUGCGACCAACAGAAUGCGCAAUCAACCGAAAUCACAAUUCCAAGCAGCAGGAUUAACGCCCACUCUGCGGAAGCCACGAGAGCUGCUCAGGGCACUGCUGCAGCGACAGCAUCACAGAUGGCUGCACAGAAGGUGGUAACAGACGAAUCAACAAUAACGGGUUUAGCUUCAGAAGGACUACACAAGCGAACGAUUGCCGGGCGUCGAGGCAAAUUAACGGUGCAUAUCAAUGCAGACAAUAAAAACUGUCUUGAGUCGGACAGCACGGAUGGUUUUGAUACGUACAAAGCCACCUACGAAAUACCUAGCCCCUGUUUUAAGCAGCAAAUAAUCUGGAAGCAAACAGUCAAUGUGCCACAAAUUAAAGACACCAAAUUCGCCACUGCCUCAGAGCUAGGCAGACACGGCGAAGACAACAACAAUAUGCAUUUCGAUGCAAAAGCCGGGGAUGAAGCAACUGCAAGUAAUCAAUCACUUACAGCCAAGCUUCAGUUUGUCAAACAGCAAUCAAGGACUCCCUCGCCAGCCGCUUUGAAAACACGUCUACAGCCACCUACGGCCACUCGAUGCUCACGUAGUCGCUCCAAAAGCCCAUGUUCAACGCAAGCCAACCGCUCACCCACGCGCAAAUAUCCCGCCGCAUUAAUUGAACCUAACGCACCGACCCGUGCCGCCUCACCAUUCGGUCUGAAUCCGCUCGACAUCACCGACCUGAUUGAUGACACUACACACGCGUACGGUGACAAUGGUGUGGAGCUCUCCAAACGGACUUCGAGCGCUCAAUUAGGCGACACCAAAUUCGCCAGCUCGCCUGCAACGUGUAGGCAGUUGGCCGAGUUUGUGCCACAGGUGGAAGGUCACAAUGUUGGUUUAUUGGUGCGUGCAUCUGUGGAUCCACAAUCACAGCAGCAGUGGGAGCGAAAAGUGCGGAGCGUGCCACAAACCAUCGCUGCGCAAUGCAACGAAAAGGCGCAAAUUGAAAUGGACAAUGCACUCACGCACAGCGCCGCCACGCAUUAUGCUGAUGCCGACACUAGUGAUGAUGAUGUUGACUACUGCGUCGACGAGCGGCAACAGCAUAUCGCCGAUGGUGACAAACACUCCAUAAAAGGUCCUACGCCAACGGUCUCUUUAACACCAUCGCCAUCGUUGGCGUACUGUGCACGUGCUGGCAGCUGGCAACCGACGAUGAGCGAGCGGGUGCAUGACGCCUGCCGUAACGAAACGGUGACGACACCAACAUGGUCGUUGGCGGGCAGCAGUGUUGCUGAUUCAAACGCCACCGCAGUUGGGAUGGGAGAAUCAGUUUCUCUGCCUGCACGCCAGCGGGGACACCGCCACGAAUCGCGACAACAGGAAGUAGUCCAGGACAACGACAGCCGGCAGCAAAGCCUAGAUACUGUUGGUGAGCCUACAGUCGCAACGCCACGUGAGAGUGGCAUUAUUAAUCGCUCGUUCGAUAAUGUUUCACCGCGUCCCUACAUCAGCGUCGAAGGUUAUAAGCGCGUUGCUUGGCCGCCGGUAUCCGAGGAGCGCGUUGUAAGGGAAUUCACGCCCCAACCAACCUCUGGCCACUACCCGGUGUCAGGCUCGAUACAACAACAGCAAGGACAACAGCAGCCGCCACAACACUUGCAGCAGCAGCAGCAGCCACUUCAACAGCAACAACAACAGCAGCCAGCUGCGCCAGCCAACCAGGCUAUCAUUUAUAAUAACGUCAGCCGUGGUGUUCGCGAUAGCACAUCUCAUCCUAAUAUACAACCACAACAAUAUCAACAGUCACAACAACAACCCAUACAAUAUACCCAAGCACAAUUUAACCGUCAACCCUCACAUGAGCCAGCUGGUUCACCAUAUGGACAACAUUUGAACGACCAGUACGGACAGCAGAAAUCGGUCUCACACUACCCAACGCACAACUACCCCAUUGAACAGCAACAACCCGAGCAACAAUAUGAACCGAAUGCCUCAUCUGGUUGGAGACCUAUCCACCCGCCUGUGCCUAAGGCGCGAAGUGAAUUCCUAGCAAAUUCUGUAGGUGACACACCAUUUUAUCCUAGCCGAGGCCAACAAUAUCCAUCUACACCACAGUAUCGUGCAACAUCUUACGAUCAAUAUCAAGCGCCACCACAGGCACAAAAAUAUCAGCCACACCAGGGAUCGCAACCUCCUUACGCCCAGCAGCCCUACUCGCAGCCGCAGCAACAGCAGCAACCGUCUUGGGCGCAUAAUCAACCUGCCCCACAAUAUCAACCGGUUCAGGCGCCUUAUCAACAGGGACCACCGCAGCAACAAUAUCAGGCAGCUCCUCCAUCUAAUUAUCAGUCGCAAGCAUAUCAUCAAACUCCUCAACAACAACAACCCCAACAAUAUUCGACUGUACCACAAUCCAAUCAAUAUAAUUCUUAUCCACAGCCUCAACACGUUGGUCAGGAUCAGCCCGAUCACCAAGCACAGAGUUUGCCACAAGAUUACCGCGGUGGAAGUCCCGGAAUUAUAACGCUGCGCAAAGAGGCACCCGUUACGCAAAAGCCAGCCCCUGUUUACAACGCACAACCAGCGGCCGUUAGCUUUCAAGGAGGCAGCAACAUGCGCGGAGACUUGAAGUGGCCACCGCCAGAAUAUAAAGAAGCCGCAAUACGCGAAAAUGAAGAACGGCGCCAACUGGCCCUGGGACCAGUAUGCCGCCCACGGAAAGUCAAUCGCGAUUACACAACAUUCUUCGCCAAGAACGCGCUGAAUAGCUACUACCCCAGCUACAAGAUACCACCAGGCACACAACACAUGUUCGCCUAAAAGGUAUGAACACCAGAUUGCUGAACCCUCGAAACAAAUAAAUGAAACAAUUUCGCAAAAAAAAACAAUAUUUCACAAAAAAAUUAAAAAAAAAAAAAAUAAAUAAAAAAUAAAAAUACAUUGGAAAAUGACGAAAAAAUGUAAUUAACUGUGCAUUAUAACGAAAAGAGACAUCAACUAAUCACGAACUAACCAAACGGAGCAUUGAAAAGCAGAAAAAAAUAUUCUACGUCAAAUUUACACUAACGAAUUUUGUUCUCAAAUCUGUACAUGGAUAAUCGAGAUGUGUAGGGAUUGGGUAGCCCUUUGCCCAAAACGAAGUGCUUGGGAAUGUGUGAGUCUACGAGUUCGUCGGCUGUUCGUUUGUGCUCAACGAAGCGGGGGUACGUUAAAAACUGCAAAAUGAUACACGGUAUUCUACAGCUACAACAACUACGCGUGCCACUGGCCUUUGAACACGCCUGCAACAGCGAGAACCCAGCGGCCAAUGCAUUCAAAAAUCGAUGUUCUUACAUACACAUGUUUGUGUAUAUGUAAUAAUUUUCUGUUAAAUUAGAAUUAUUUAAUUUCGUUCUACAAUGAAUUCGACUGGCACCAUUCAUACGCACAUAUGUAUGUUCAUACAUGUAUGCAUGUACUGCGUGUGUGGAAUGGACCAAGUGAGCAUUGAUUUAUUUGGAAAAUAUUUAAUUUUUAGUUGUAAGUGAACAAACGACGCCCACUCGAUGUAAAUUAGUUUUGCAUACAUAAAUACUUGGAAACCAACCUAAGAUGAACUCCAUCUUAGCGCGUUGGCGAAGAACUACAAAAGCGUUCCACGAAAACGCGACGCCGACCUGAAAUGAGUUUUCAAACUAAAUCAAAUGAAAAUACAAAACUGAAAACUGCAAACUAGCAAACUACAAAAAUUCUGAUGCGAACUACGGCAUAUUUAUGAUGGUUAUACGAUUUUGACAAAACGGAAAAAUUUUAAAUUUAAUUUAAAAAAAUGCUUCUUCGAAAGCAAAGAAGCUGUACUUUAUUUUAAUUGAUAUUGUGUUAAUUAAUUUAGUUGCAUAAACUUGCAACACACAGAGUUUUAAUUUUGUUUCAUUUAAAAAUGUUAUAGCAUGGAAAAUCAAAAAAAAAAUACAUAAAACAAUAAUUAAUAUAUUAAUUAAAGAAAUAUAUAUUAAAUAUUAGUUUUCUCCAAUUAUUAUUAAGGAAAAGAGCAUACUUAGCGUAUAAAUAUAUAGAAUAGAAACAGUUACAUCAACAACAAACUGUUGCAGACCCUAGUUGUAAGAGUAGCAAAACGCAAAAACAAAAUUAUUUUAGUAAAAUGUAAGAAGAGGAGCAGUGUAUAUUCAUGCAACAAAACCCAUGUUGUUUGAUCGGAAAACACUAAGAUAUAUUGAAACUUGUGAAAGUUAUAUAACAAAUGUAUAUGAGAAUACAUAGAAAGUUCACAUGAUUACUACAUACAUAUGUGCAUCUAUCAGAGGUGUAAAUCAAUAAAUCUUAAGUAUAAUUCAUUAAAUCACUUUACCUCAGUGCACACACUUCGCGCCUUUAGCGCUGGUUAACUGCGGCUAGUGGGCGUUCGCUCAUCAGGCUAUAACUAUUUAACAACGAGGAUGCUAUUAUAGCCUUUGGGCGAUGCCGGCUGGCUUCAGAAUCCGGCGCAUGGUUGCACCAAUGUGAUAUUGCACUGAUCAUUUAUGAUAUUUAUCCAUUUAUGCGAAUAUAAAUACAUAUAUACAUAUAAAAUAUGUAUGUAUUUAUAUGUUAUUAUAACUCGAACCGACUACCGGCUAAUUCGUACUGGCUUUACGACUCGAUUAUGACAAAAAAUCAUUGAUUUGAAAGAAAAUCACACGACGUACUUCCUUCCAUACGGCAAGAGUACGCGCACAUAGAGAAUGGUUUGAUUCGCCAACAAAUCAUUCAAUAUGAAAAAAUCGGAAAAUCAAAAAAAAAAUACAAAAAUACAAAAAUAUGCCAAUAAUACAUCUGCAAACAUUAUGUCCAUAUAUAUAUAGUAUACACACCUGAUAUCGCAUUGGCAACAGAAGUCAUAAAUGUGUAAUUCUACUAAACAAAAACUGAGAGCUCGUCGAGCUCGUCGAGCUCUUCUAAAUUUCAGUGUUUUGCUAAAUUGGCAUACUAGAUAACCUCAAAAUUUUUGUUCAUAAUAUUGUAUUAUCUAACUCGACAAUUAACAGUACAUUGUAAAAAAUGUGAUUAGUUGAUGGAUUAAGAAGGUACACAACUACAUUAGAAUAAAACUUGAUGAAAUCAAAUAAAUGUAAAUUUGUACAUCUCUCUGACCAAACGAA